UUGCGGCGCGGCAGAGCAGAGGAUGUAUGGACAGAGCGCAGUUACUGUGGCAAGAGAGCAAAUACAUCACCGGGGAUUAAGUUGUCUGUGAAUUGCAACUGGAAAUUUGAGCAAGAUGACCUCUAAGUGUCCCAGAUGUGAGAAACCUGUCUAUUUCGCUGAAAAAGUGAGCUCCCUUGGGAAGAACUGGCAUCGUUUUUGUCUGAAAUGUGAACGCUGUAACAAGAUUCUGUCUGCGGGCGGCCAUGCCGAGCACGAUGGGAUGCCAUAUUGCCACCAGCCGUGCUAUGCUACACUGUUUGGACCCAAAGGUGUUAAUAUUGGAGGAGCCGGUUCUUAUAUUUAUGAAACCCCACCACACACUCCUGUGAAUAAAUCAAUGGAGAGUCCCACUGAGUGCUCUCCUACUACACCCUGGACACCCGUUCAGACAACCAAGCCAUUCAGACCAGCUGGUUCAACUUAUGUGAAGACUUUUGCUGGAGAAACAAAGCUCUGUCCUGGCUGUGGGAAGGUGGUUUAUUUUGCGGAGAAGGUGAUGUCCCUGGGCAGAAGCUGGCAUCGGCCGUGCCUACGCUGUGAGAGGUGCAAGAAGACACUGUGCGCUGGAGGCCAUGCUGAGCAUGAAGGAAAACCAUAUUGCCAUGUUCCUUGCUACGGAUACCUGUUUGGACCAAAAGGCGUUAACAUUGGAGAAGUUGGAUGUUACAUUUAUGACAAAGACAUGCAGCAGCCUGAGAUUACUAGCCAGUAUUAGCUUCAUAUGUGUAAGGGAACGAAUAAGAAGCCUUGGAAUGAAGACGAUUUAAAAGAAUGAAUGUGACACUUGGAAUAAUAUUCACUUUGUGUUAGUUUUUUGUUUACCUUUUUGCUUUGUUUAACACGCUAAAUGAAUGACAUUUUAUUUUGUGCACUUUCACUGGAACUGUAGGUAUUGUCGGUGUGUAGAAUACACUGGUAGUGCAGAAAAAGAGUAUACUUGUAUAGAAUAUACAGUAUAGUUGUUAUUUGAGUGCUGUAUAUUUAAAAUAGGUUUAUACCUAAUGUAUUCAUUUAUUGCAUAUCUAGCUCAAUAGAAGGUGCUCUGUUUUCAAUACAGAGAAAUUUGAUUUUUGUCGUCAUUGACAGUUGAGGCUUUAUUGCAACAGGAAUAUGAAUUUAAGUGAGAUUGUGUAACAUUUACUUAAGAGAUUCACAAGAGCACUACAGUCUGCUGCAAGCUAGAGUAAAGUUAUGCAUGCUUGAAGUAAAUUGUUGCAGUCUUAUUUCUCGCAGUACCUCAAACCAAGCAUGCUAGGUUUGCUCAAACUUUAUGCUACUUUACUGAAAUAAAAUGCUUGUUACUGUCACUUGCACUAUACAGCUUUGUUGCAAAGAAUGCUUUCAACAGCUAGUCGCUGUGAUAUAUCAUAAGGGCGCCAGCACUAACUACUUGGUUUCCAUGGCAAUGGUCUUUUAAAAUCGAGCACUUUUUUUGAAUAAUUUUUCAGAUUAAGUGAAUGUGUGUGUGUGUGUAUGUGUAUAUAUAUAU